CUGCCUUAUAGACUAAACGAGGAGCACCAGCUGCAUCUUUUUAUAUUAUCUCUGAAACUGAGAAUGAAGGUUCCCAUCAUUACAUUUUGCCUGAUUGGAGCAGUCUUUUCCAACCCGACUGAAAGUGUGUCUGUUUCACAAUCGUCUGAAAAUGACACCUCAGAGCUUCAGAGCACAGAGGAAAACACCUCAAAUCAGAGCUCAGAGUCAGAAUCAUUAGAAUCCACAGACAACACAUUGGAGGACACAUCAGAGGACACUUCAGAGGACACUUCAGAGGACACAUCAGAGGACACGACUUCAGAAGAGAGUGACAGUCAGUCGGAUGAGAUGGACUCCAUGCUUGACACCAAAGAUGAUAGUAUGGGCAGUGAAGAGAAUGUCAGAAAGAGCUGGGUGCGAGUGUUUACAAAUACAGUGAAAGCCCUUAGCGCAGAGGACAGCAAUGAGCUGCCGGACACAAACCUGCUGGUGAACCCCACAGACAGCAGUGACAGCACCAGUGACAGCAUAGAAACCACAACUGCCACCAAUGACAGCAAUGAAAGCAAAGACAGCUCCAGCAGCGAGAGCAGCGAGAGCAACGAGACCAAAGACAGCAGCGACAGCAGUGACAGCAGUGACACCAGCAUGAGUACAGAGGACAGCAAUGCCAGCGACAGCACCGAGCUGAAACAACUGAAAGCCAGGGACUGUGUGAAUGGCACUCAGAGCUGCGAAAGUGAGGAGCGUUUCUUCCAGAGUGUAGGAGAUGAUGCUCAUUUCUCAGUGGAUAAUCUGAUGGUGCCAGAUGAGGAUGACAGGGAGUUAAUGCUGCGAAGAUGA